UUAAAAGCAAAAGUGGAAGAAGGUUUUGACGUUUUCCGUUUAAAACUAUUAGAAUUAGAGCCUGAGAUUUGAUUUGAUUUAUUUUAUUCUAAAAUUUAAACAAAGACGUAUUUAGAUAUUAUUUAGUAAAUAUUUCCAAGUUAGACCUCAUAAUUAUAAAGCUGCAUUUCUAAUGAAAUAACAAACAAAGUUCGAUGGAUACCGAAGAUCUCGACUUAAGCGGCGAGGAAGAAGAGAUCACAGCCGAAACUGUUUUGAAAACACUCCAGAGUGCUUGGCAAAACGAACGGCUAGCUCCGGAAAUACUGCCACACCGAAACGACAUGGUCGAGUGUAUGCUGGGACAGAUCCAGCACAUGGAACGAAAUAUCAAUAAGCUUCCCAAAACAGACCUUCGUGCGUGUAUACAUAAAAUGGAAUUAAAUAGGAUUAAGUACAUUAUUUGCAAUUACCUUAAGACAAGAAUAAGUAAAAUAGAAAAAUUUUGUAUUUCAAUUGUCAAUGAGGAGAAACAACGGAUAGAAUCUGGAACAAAUUAUUUAACACCCUCAGAAUUUUGGUAUGCCCAAGAAUAUCUAGUGAAUAUGGAGAAUCAUUUGAAGAAUACAGUAUUGAAUCAUGUCCCUGGUAGGAUGCAAACUUUUGAAUUUAAUAAAAUGGCUAUUUACCCUAAUAUGCAAUCACACAUCUUCUUAAAAGCGAAUGACACAAUAAAUGGAAUUGUUUUAGAAGACUUGAUAGGUGACCAGGAUGAAGAAAUAGAUUUAGAGGAGGGCUCACAACAUAUACUGCAAUAUAAACCAAUAGCAGAAUUGGUCAAAAACGGUAAAGUUCAGCUAGUAUGAUAUAAGGCCAAAACUAGGUAUAAUAUAAAGUUUUUUUGAACAA